CCAUGGCAUGAGAGGCCUUCGGAUAUGCGCGAAAAAUAUCAAGUGCCACGUAAGCGGGGCGAUCAGGAGGGCGAAGCCCAGCCUCCAGAGCAGCACCCCAGGAUCGGCGAAGUAUCUUACGCUCUCUCCACCCAUAAAUAAAACGCCACAACCUCCAGAAAAAUCUAUUUUUCUCUCCCCCAACCUCCUCUUCCUCCUCCUCCCAAGUCCCAACCCCAACAACAGCUCUUAAACCCUUGCUUCGUCUCCAAGCAACGAUCCAUCCAGCGAAUUGGAGAUUUGUUGAUGUUUUCGAGAUCAGUUCAGAUGGUUCGUAUUCCUGCGACGAAGAUAGAACUCCUGGAGGGGGGUUGAUUCGGAAGAAGAUUUCUGUUUUGUGUGGAUUUAAAGAAGUUGAGUUGGCCGAGGGUUCUUGAUUCGAGGGAUUGAGAUCAAUUCCGAUGCAUGGAUUAGUUUUCUUUGGUUUGUAUUGCGAAGAUGAGUGGCGUUUUGGAUGCUGUUUUGGUUACACGUGCUCUAGUUCUUGGUAGGGAACAAUUUGUGGGUUUGUGCGAACGCUGCGAGGAGGGAGUUGUCUUCUUCAUAGGGUAUUAGAAUGUCUGUUUCUAAUGAAAAGUGGAUCGAUGGGCUCCAGUUCUCAUCUCUGCUCUGGCCUCCACCACAAGAUGAGCAGCAGAGGCAGGCACAAAUUGUGGCCUAUGUUGAAUAUUUUGGUCAGUUCAUCUCGGAGCAGUUCCCAGAAGAUGUAGCUCAGCUAAUCCAGAAUUAUUAUCCAUCUAAAGAAAAGCGCCUAUUGGAUGACGUAUUGGCAAUAUUUGUUCUUCAUCAUCCAGAGCAUGGCCAUGCUAUCGUCCAUCCUAUUCUUUCACGUAUAAUUGAUGGGACAUUGGUUUAUGAUAAAAAUGAUCCUCCAUUUAGUUCUUUUAUAUCUCUAUUCAGCCAAAAUAAUGAGAAAGAUUAUAAUGAACAAUGGGCUUUAGCAUGUGGGGAAAUUCUUCGGGUGCUUACUCACUAUAAUCGACCAAUUUACAAGUCUGAGCAUCAUAGUAGUGAAGUGGAUGGAAGCAGCUGUAGCAAUCAUGCCACCACAAGUGACUCCAGGGAGAAAGAAGCCUCCAGUUCACUCCUGCAGGAGCAUGAUCGGAAACCAUUGCGGCCAUUGUCUCCUUGGAUUACAGAUAUCUUGCUUGCUGCACCUUUGGGCAUUAGAAGUGACUAUUUUCGAUGGUGUGGUGGGGUCAUGGGCAAGUAUGCAGCUGGUGGAGAACUAAAGCCUCCAAUGACUGCUUGUAGUCGUGGCUCUGGAAAGCAUCCUCAACUCAUGCCAUCCACUCCUCGAUGGGCUGUGGCUAAUGGAGCUGGAGUCAUAUUGUCCGUUUGUGAUGAGGAAGUAGCUCGCUAUGAAACAGCAAAUUUAACAGCAGCUGCUGUUCCUGCACUUUUGCUUCCUCCUCCUACGACUGCCUUAGAUGAGCAUCUAGUUGCAGGGCUGCCUGCUCUUGAGCCAUAUGCUCGUUUGUUUCAUAGGUACUACGCAAUUGCUACUCCAAGUGCUACACAGAGGCUGCUUCUUGGACUCCUUGAGGCACCACCAUCGUGGGCUCCAGAUGCACUUGAUGCUGCAGUACAACUUGUUGAACUCCUUAGAGCAGCUGAGGACUAUGCAACUGGAAUGAGGCUUCCAAGAAAUUGGAUGCAUUUGCAUUUCUUGCGUGCAAUUGGCACCGCAAUGUCCAUGAGAGCUGGUAUUGCCGCAGAUGCUGCAGCUGCUUUACUUUUCCGCAUACUCUCGCAGCCUGCGUUGCUUUUUCCUCCACUAAGACAUGCUGAAGGAGUUCAAGUCCAGCAUGAACCUCUAGGUGGCUACAUAUCAUCCUAUAAAAAACAGCUAGAAGUUCCUGCUUCUGAAGCCACUGUUGAGGCAACUGCACAAGGAAUUGCUUCUAUGCUAUGUGCCCAUGGUCCUGACGUUGAAUGGAGAAUAUGUACCAUAUGGGAAGCUGCAUAUGGCCUGCUUCCUCUGAGCUCCUCAGCUGUUGAUUUGCCAGAAAUAGUAGUUGCAACUCCAUUGCAACCUCCUACGCUGUCUUGGAAUUUGUACUUGCCGCUUCUCAAAGUCUUGGAGUAUCUCCCACGUGGAAGCCCAUCUGAAGCAUGCCUCAUGAGGAUCUUUGUGGCUACUGUAGAAGCUAUACUGCGAAGAACCUUUCCACCUGAAACCUCUGGUGAUCAACAAAGAAAAUCAAGAGCUCAUGGCAGUAUAUGGUCUACAACUAAGAACCUUGCUGUUGCUGAGCUUCAUACCAUGAUUCAUUCACUCUUUCUGGAAUCUUGUGCAUCCAUGGGCCUUGCCUCCCGCCUACUGUUUGUCGUGCUAACUGUUUGUGUCAGUCAUGAGGCUUUGCCCAAUGGGAGUAAAAGACCAACAGGCAGUGAUAGACUUUUGCCUGAUGAGAAAUUUGAGGAGCCACGGAUAAUUAAUGGGAAAACACCUACAAAAAACAGAAACAAGAGAAAACAAGGGCCUGUUGCAACAUUUGAUUCCUAUGUUCUGGCUGCUGUAUGUGCUCUGGCUUGUGAACUCCAACUGUGUCCUUUGGUCUUAAAAAACGGUACACAUUCAGAUUCUAAAAAUUCUGCAAAGAUGUCCAAAACAGUAAAAACUAAUGGUGUGGCUAAUGCUUUACAAAAUAGUAUCUUUUCUGCUGUUCGUCACACCCGUAGAAUCCUUGGAAUUCUGGAAGCCCUUUUCUCAUUGAAGCCAUCAUCUGUUGGUACAUCAUGGAGUUACAGUUCCAAUGAGAUAGUGGCUGCAGCUAUGGUUGCAGCUCAUGUUUCUGAGUUAUUCGGACGAUCCAAAGCCUGCAUGAAUGCUCUCUCUGUUCUGAUGCAAUGCAAGUGGGACACCGAGAUUUCUACUAGGGCAUCUUCUCUUUAUCACCUUAUUGACAUACAUGGAAAAAUGGUUGCCUCCAUUGUUGACAAGGCAGAACCCCUUGAGGCACACUUGGUGCAUGUGCCAGUACGAAAGGAUGAUCUACUUCAUUUCAGUGGCAAAGGACAAUCCAGUUCUGCAAGUAGUAGCAUCUCUGAAUUAAAGGACCCGUCAUCAUCAGCGUCUAAGGAUAGUUCUUCAGGAACAUUCUUAACAUGUAAAAAGUCCAUUAUAUUAAAUGAUGUUACUGUAGAUACAUCAGGGAAGAAUAUAGCAAGUCUGCCAAUGGAUGCAACAUAUUUAGCAAACUUUCUCACAAUGGAUCGAAAUGGUGGAUGCAACCACAGUGCACAAGCUCUGCUAAGAUCCGUUCUUGCAGAGAAACAAGAAUUAUGUUUCUCUGUUGUUUCAUUGUUAUGGCAAAAGUUAAUUGCAGCGCCAGAAACACAAAUGACUGCAGAAAGUACAUCUGCUCAUCAAGGUUGGAGACAGGUAGUAGAUGCCCUUUGCGAUGUUGUUUCAGCAUCACCGACAAAAGCAUCAACUGCUAUUGUUCUACAGGCGGAAAAGGAUUUGCAGCCCUGGAUUGCAAGGGAUGAUGAACAAGGUCAGAGAAUGUGGAGAAUCAACCAGAGAAUUGUAAAGUUGAUUGCUGAACUUCUGAGAAAUCAUGACAGCCCAGAAGCACUAAUAAUUCUCGCAAGUGCUUCAGAUCUUCUUCUUCGUGCUACAGAUGGAAUGCUUGUUGAUGGUGAAGCAUGCACUUUGCCACAGCUAGAGCUUUUGGAAGCAACAGCUAGAGCAGUUCUUCUUGUUGUCAACUGGGGAGAAUCGGGCUUGGCAGUUGCAGAUGGGCUGUCAAAUCUGCUGAAGUUUCGUCUAUCAGCCACAAUCCGUUGCCUUUCUCACCCAAGUGCACAUGUGCGUGCUCUCAGCACAUCAGUUCUUCGAGAUAUAAUGCACAGUAACCCAAUAAAGUCCACCAGCUUUUUGCACGGGGAUAACCAAGGCAUCUGCGAUCCCUCUUAUGGAUGCUUGAGUGUUGGUAUCAUCAACUGGCAUGCAGACAUUGAGAAAUGCAUAAAAUGGGAAGCUCACAGCAGGCUUGCGACUGGCUUGACGCUUGCUUUCCUCAAUGCUGCUGCCAAGGAAUUAGGUUGCCCUCUUACCUGUUGAGAUCUCUGUGGCACUUACUUGCAGGUCUGAUAACAAUAGAUUGCAAAUUGCUGAGGCAUUUGGCAACCAAGUUUCCCACUCUACCAUCAUGUUUCAUAUUACAUGAUGAAACUUGCAAAUGUCAACUCUUAUUAACUUCUUUUAACUUAUUGUUUUGAAGAGUGUCUGUAGGCAGAAACGAUCAUAGUUUUCUCAUUUGUAAGAUGUGAAGCAACACGUUUUCAUCAUUGUUAUAUACAAGAAAAGUUGCUGAACAAUGGAGAAUGAACAUCAGUUUUUAUUUUAUAAUAUAAUAAAACUGUACCUGUCAGUCAUAUCACACUGGUUUUAAUACUAGGUGGAGAUUAAUGCGAGUCUGCACUGGACGAU